GUAACACCUUUCAGUCUCAUGGGAUAGUUCUAGUGAUCAAAACUAACUAAAAUCCCUCUUCCAACAACACGUGGGGUCAAGUUCAGUGUGUUUUUCCAAAGGAUACAACAGGGGCUCAGAUAUGGGAAGUGGAUUCAGGUGCAAUCAGUACCCUGGUGGAUUCACCACCUCACAGUCAGGACAGAAGACAACCAAGAGGUCAGUCCUCCAGAUGAUGCCGUGCACUGUGUCCCAACUGCUGUCUGCCACGGUUGCCAGGGAAGUCUUCAGCGUUGGUGACAUCGAGGUCAACCAGGUAUCUGUGGUGGGUAUCGUCAGGAGAACGGUUCCCUCUGUAAGCAAUGUCUUGUACUCCGUGGACGACAUGACUGGACCACCAUUGGACGUGAAGCUCUGGGUGGAGACUGCGGAUCCUGGUGUGGACAGUACUUUUGUUUCCCCAGGGACUUAUGUCAAAGUCUCUGGAAGUCUGCGCAUCAUUCAGGGCCAAAGAUCAUUGGUGGCUUUCAACCUCUGUUGCCUUGAGGACCUGAAUGAGAUCACCUCUCACAUGCUGGAGGUAGUGCAGGCCCACAUGCAGCACAACAGGAACCUGUGUGGUGGUGGAAAUGCUGGAGACAGAUGCAUCAAACUACGGGCUGAGUGCCUGUCAGAGCCAGGUGUUGAACCUGAUCAGGAGUUGCUCAGACUCAAAGCCCAGGGGCAUCAGUCUAGAGGAGCUACACAUUUAGCUGGGGUACCUCAGCAUGACUGCCAUCAGCCAGUCCUUGGAAUUUAUAAUCAGUGAAGGCCACAUCUUCUCCACCAUCGACGACAAACAUUUCAGGUCCACUAUUGGCUAGCCCUCAAACUCAACUCUGGACCUUGAAGCCAGUUCCACUGCAUGUUUUCAUUGUUCCCUUCCAAUCAGGGACU